UGUGUGUUAGUCUCAACAUGUGUGUUAGUCUCAACAUGUGUGUUAGAGUCUCAACAUGUGUGUUAGAGUCUAAGCGUGUGUUAGAGUCUAAGCGUGUGUUAGAGUCUAAACGUGUGUUAGAGUCUAAGCGUGUGUGUUAGAGUCUAAACGUGUGUUAGAGUCUCAACGUGUGUGUUAGUCAUGUAUGUCUAUGUGUAACAUGUAUGUUAGUCAGGUCGUCAUGUGGGAUGUUUUCUUGGUUAACUGUUUUUGCGUGACGCUCUCUGUUUGACUGAUUUUUCUGAGCUCGUCUGUUUGUCGACAUGAACCUGAACUUGAAUAAAGUGUUGUUUGUGUCACAGUGGUUCCUCCAGAGAUUCAUGUGUACACCAGCAGCUGAUGACGUCACGCUCACAUCACCACGGUGACGACACACACAGGAGGAAACAUUUCAAAUUAAAGCGCCCUGACACACAAAACAUGAACACUGACGAGGUGUGAGUGACGGCUCAGGAUGCAGGGACUCGGAGGGAGGCCGGUUCGAGUCCAGCAGGGACCGGAGCGUGGACUGAGGUUCAUCUGCUGACCCCUGAGCAAGGCACUGAACCCCAAACUGCUCCUGGUCUAUAGCUGUAAAUAAACUCCAUCAUGACUCGUGUGACAUGUCUGAGCUGGAGACAAACAGCUGAUCCAUCAGUCACACCUGCAGGGCUGAAGGUCCACCUGAGGAUGAAUAAAAUCAUUUCCCACGGCGCAUGCGCCGUAAUCCACAACACCGACACGCAGCGCAUCUUACAUUUAAACGGAGUCCAGUUUAACGGUUCGGCUGUGACGUAACCGUGUCACGUCAUCACGGUAUGAUGUUCCGUCUGCUGUCGGACCGAACCGGAACAGAGCCGCGAGCUUCCGGCCCCGUUAAACCAUGACGAAGCCCGCGGGCGGUGUGUGUAAAUGUGGCCGAGCAGGGCUGCUCAAAGCCGGGUACGGCUCAGCCGCAGGACCCCCACACCGACCACUGACGCCAUUUUGGGGGGGAUUGCCGCCAUAACAACAAGAAGAGCCGGGGGCGGGAAGACCGACGACCCGCUCCGGUACCGGAGCGUUUAACGGCACGUUAACGUCCCGUCACUCCCUGUCUCACCAACACACAGCCUGUCUCACCGACACACAGCCUGUCUCACCGACACACAGCCUGUCUGUCUCUCUGUCUGUCUCCGGCUCGACCGGAAAUGGUUCGGUCCAUAUUUAGCUGUAACUUUGAUCACACCGCCUCGCGCACCGUCCGUUUUGCCGCGUUAACGCCGGUCUGUCUCGCGCACACAGCCGCCUGUCUGUCUGUCUGUCUGUCUGACCGGGCCGGUCAUGGCGUCUGUCCUCUGCGUCCCAGCGGCUUUAAUAAUCCAAUAAACGGUCCAACGGGUGGAGGUGAAUCUACACCACAUGGGACACCGUCCCGCUGCUCCGCCGCUCUCCCCGCUGCCGGUACCGGCCCGCAGUCCUCCGGUGUCGGUGCUGAGCCGCCGGGCGAGUUUUGAACCAGGUGGCGGCAGCAAGAUGGCGUCCGAGGCUGCGCAGUACCGGAGCAGAGGACGGCGAUGACGUCGGCUGGGACACCGCGUGCAGCUUCCCCCCCUCGGUUAGAAAAGAUCCGCGGUGUGUCGGUGAGGUCUGUACGGCGGGAAAACAGACGGUAACGCUUGGAUUAACGGUACACCGUCGAAAUACUCGAAGUGUUCGACAAAGCAGAAGGAUGCUGUCUUGAACCGCUGCACAGAUGUAUAAAAAGCAGGAUCCUCCUGCCUUUUAGAUGUCUGCGAUCUGUUCAUGGCUUCUACCAAGAAGCAGAAAGGAAUGGUGUUCCAUCAGGAAAGGGAAACCACCCCUGCAGGUGCACCUGCAGGGGACCACCCACCUGUACUCCUCGUCGUUCCCAAACCAGGGAAGGCAAGCGAAGAUGGGAUGGAACAAAGCAUGUGUGUAACCAACGAAGAGGCAGGUAUUUCGGGUAAACCCAACAUGUACCCAUCGAAGGAAGCCAUCAGGACUUCUGGUGGACACCCUGCCAGUUCAAACCCUCAGUCAGACAACCUGUCAUCAGACAGCAUCUGCAAAGGCAUCAGAGUGACACUGGACAACAACAGCAUGUGGAAUGAGUUCUUCAGAUGCAGAACAGAGAUGAUUCUGACUAAACAAGGCAGCAGGAUGUUCCCCUACUGCCGCUUUCGGAUCUCCGGCUUGCAGCCAUCAAGGAAGUACUCUUUGAUCAUGGACAUUCAGCCUUUAGACAACAGUCGUUACAGGUGGACCGGCAAGAGCUGGCAAGUUUCUGGAAAGCCUGAAUGUCACGUUAAGAGUCAGCCGUUUGCUCAUCCAGAGUCCCCAUCGACGGGUCAACACUGGAUGCAGAAUCCAGUAUCCUUUUACAAACUGAAGCUCACAAACAACAUUGCAGACCAAGAGGGGAACACCAUCCUGCACCCGAUGCACCGCUACUUACCACGACUGCACGUGAUCCAAUCUGACAAAGCUACUAAAGACAUAAAGCUAAACGGCCCCUGUGUCGUCACAUUCACUUUCCCACAAACUGAGUUUAUGGCGGUCACUGCCUACCAGAACUCGCGGUUUGCUCAGCUUAAAGUUGAGUACAACCCGUUUGCUAAAGGACUGAAGGAGGACAGCUCAAGUUCCUGGGGCCUAAAACUGAAACUGAACUCUGGCAAAGACUCACUCAAAGGUGGAGGCACAACAACAAGCGAGAAGCAUCCUUUGAAGAAGAGUUUGAAGUCUUUGCUUGCAAACCACAAACCUAGGAGCUUCAAAGCUGUGGACUCGAAACCUUCGGUGUCAGAUGACCUUCAGAUGAAAUCCACUACUAACAAAGAUCAGUCCACUACAAAAGUCACCGAGGAUGGUCCAUGUAAUUCACAUCCAGCUCAAAAGUUAUUUUCUGAACUCAUUCGAGAGGCUCAUGUUUCUCUGCAAAGAUGCAACCUGGAGCAGCUGGGCAUCAAUAACAGCACCUCGCACAGGACAGAGCGAACCAACACUAAAACCACAGCACCGAUGAGCAAUGGACAAGAUGUUUCUAAGAGGGAGUCUGUCCGGACACGAAGAGGAAGUUCACCUGCAAAGAAAGGUGAUGCUGCUGUAACAAGGAGGAAAGUUAAGGAGGGCAAGGACUGUUUGAAUUAUUUUAACUGCAGCAACAAUCUUAGAGCAGAUUGCUUUGAGGUCUGUAAUGAUGCAGCAUCCCAGGGCUCCUCUGUGGACUCCAAUGGAUGCCAAUGUAAGCCUGAAGAACAAUCAGAGGUGAACGUAAAGCAACAUAAACGUCCAGCCCCUCUGCCCCUGCCAGCCCUUGCUUUGUUUCUGAAGCAGCAUUCAACAAAAUCUAAAAAGGCUAGGAGCAAGUCAGACUCUCCUCCCCUGGGAAUCCCACCUGAGAAUCUCUCUGAAUCACAGACUGAAUGUCAACCUUUGGAUCAUAUCGGAGAGCCAACUGGUCCAUCAAAGGACAUCACUAACUCUGGUACUGGUGCACAUUUGAGUCCAGAUGAAAUAGUUUUUAACGUGACUGGACAAGACGUUGAAACCUCCUAUCAGCUCUCUGGUCCAUCAUGUCCUGAUGAUACCACAGAUCCAAACGGACCAAGAACUGAUGGUGUCCUGGACUUUGUUUCAGUCGCUGAGAAUGACGGCACAGAGCCAGCGGUGCCAGCCGGUACACCAGUGUUACCCAAACCAGAUCAGCCAUUUUGUACAUCCACAGCCACUAUUUCCGCAACUGACACUACCUCUUCUCUGUCCCCCAUUUCAUCACCACUCCUCGACACAGUGUUACCUGCUCCGAUCUCGCCACAAGCCUCGACCAUCGCAGAGUCCUCCACACUACCGCCAGACUCUAUGAACGAGUCUGACUCUUUGCUGCCUGACCCAGAGUGUUCCUCUUUUGGCUUUGAGCCUUUGUUACCUGCAAGCUCUCCAGAACCUUUACCUCCGAUGCCCGCCUUGUUAACUUUACAACUUGACUCCACUACGACUGAACCAAGUCUAAAGGUGGUACCUCCUGAAGAGUUUCCACACCCUGAAGGCUCUGGGGCUUCUGUGUUUAAAUGGCAUACAGUGUUGCCUCCUCUGGAGCCUUACAUAGACACUUCAUUUACACCAUUUCAGCCCGCACCACAGACUCUAACUCUACCAUCUGUUACGUCACCUUUGUUGCCUUCCCCAACCGCCUCUCACCAUGAACCACAGACGUUUGACACCUCCACACCUCACCCCGGUCCCGUUCCAUCAUUUCAAGAGAACGAACAGUCGCUGCCCUUCCCCACUGAACUGUCCCCCCUCGCUCUUCAGCUGCCACUGUCUCCGACCUUCUCCUCAUUAGAUGGAGACGGUUUGUCGCCCACGCCUUCAAUCACUGACCUUGUGCACUUUUUCUCCACUGACGAUGACCUCGGCAUGGAGGUGGACUUCUCAAACACAGAAGCAGUGGCUGCUCCCUGCCCGCCUCCAACUACAGCAGAAACAAACACACCUGAGGUCUCUCAGCAGGUGCAACCAGCCCCGGCCAACAAACCCUGCAAACACAAGAAGAAGUCCCAGCCGCGAAAGCUUGCUAAGAAAGAUCCGGAUCAGAAGACCGAUGACGCCACCUACACGAGCAUGCAGCCUAACCUAGAGGAAGUGGAGGAGCAGUUAUUUAUCUCGUUCACCUCGAAGGAGGCGCUCAAGCUUCACGUAGUGGAUGCACCUGAAGAGACAGAUUCACCGCCUCAGACAACACAUGACGUUCACCUGCGACAAAUCUCUGACACACCUGAGAAUGACAAAAGCUCGGAUGUCGGAGGAAUCUCGCUCCUCGACAGUAUCAACCCCAAUAAUUUUCCCGCCAAACUGUGGCGUUUGGUGAACAACCCUGCAAACAAAGCCAUCCGCUGGGACGGGCACGGCGAGGUCGUCGUCAUCGAUCACCACCUCUUCGAGAGACAGUUCCUGUCUCCAAUCACGGACAACGCAGAUGCAUUCAAGACGACCAACUUCUCCAGCUUUGUCCGUCAGCUCAACCUGUAUGGCUUCAGAAGAGCUGAUCCAACCGCCAAAAACAAGCACCACCCCACCGGGGACAUUGGGACCUUCCAUUACUUUUCUAACCCAAACUUCAAGAGAGACCACCCUGAACUCAUCGUGAAUCUAAAGAGACUUACCGUCAACAACAAGGUGAAACUACAAGCUGGUCUGGACGUGAAGUCUCGACCCCCGCGACGGCGAGUCAGCGGAGGUGAUGAUGUCAGAGACGGAAACAUGAAAAAAGUAGAGACAGCCAAGAGUUUGGAGGAGAAGAUCAUCGCCUUUGAGAAGAUUCUUCUCAGAGACCUGAAGCUGAUGAGACACCGACAGGUGAUCCACCCAGUCCUUCAGGAAGUCGGUUUGAAGAUGAACCUGCUGGAUUCGACUCUGGCUAUAGAUCUGCAGUACCUGGGAGUCCGCCUGCCCAUCCCGCCUGCUGGAGUCCAGGUGAAGCCGCAGACCCAGGACAUGCCAACACCUCAGGGUGUUUGUGCAGCGUUCGUGUCCAGAACAGGUAAAACUACAGAUGUGACCCAGAUUAAAGGUUGGAGAGAAAAGUUUACUCCAUCAGAGGCUCCGCCUGCUCCGGCUCCACCCAAACCUGAAGCUGGUUCCGGUUGUGACCCACAGAAGAAGAACCUGUCAGCGUUCUGCAGCGACAUGUUGGACGAGUACUUGGAGAACGAGGGCCGGCUAAUCGACGAGCGAGCCGCCAGCUUCUCUCAGCCGGUGGAGGAGCCGCUGGUCUACGAGCUGCCCACCAGAAGCUCCAGCUAUGUCCGGACCCUCGACAGCGUCCUGAAGAAGCAGACCGGUUCCCCCACAUCGGACCUCAUAUCCGGGUUCAUCCCACCCUCUAAGAGACACAAACUCAGCCUGAAGGAGUCCAGAACAUCCCGGAGAGAGAACGCCAAGCAGAGAGGUCCAAAACACAAACUGAGACCAGAACCAGCAGCUGCACUACUCUGUACACCAGUACUGGGUCCAGCCGGCUCUGACCUGGUCCAUGAACAGCAUGGAGUCCAGAACCCAGACUCUUUGUCUUCUCAGCAGCCCACCUUCAAGAGGAGGAAGAGGCUCAAACCCAAGACCUCGUCCCAGACCCUCAGCCCCCACCGGUCCACAAUGACGGUCAUCUCCGAGGACAUGGCGCCACUGGAGUCGGACUCUGAGCUCAGGACCGCCGCUGCCAACGAAGCCAGCAAGAGGGAUGGAGGACCCGUGAUGACCCGGACUCUGCUGAGACAGAAGGACCUGGAAGACGGGGUGGUGUGGGAGGGCCGACCCAGAACCAACAUCACAGAGGAGAGGGCUGCCAUUGCUCUGACAUCACUGUUCACACUGCAGGGUUUCGUUAGGGAGAACCCGACCGCUCCCAUCCAGCUGAUCCGGAGACGGCCCCCGCCCUGCCUGAACGACUUCUGCCGGCUCGGCUGCGUCUGCUCAAGUCUGGCCCACUGCGCCAGGAUCAGCCACUGCGGCCGGCCCCAGUGCAUGCUGGGAUGCAGCUGCCUCAAGCAGAAGGUGGUCCUCCUCAAGAACCUGGACGGGUCCGACUCCAGCCCCUCCCACCACGUUAACAACAAGAAGAGGAGGAGGAAGCGGAGGAUGAAGAUGGCCUACAUUCUUAAGGAGGCGGAAAGUGUUUCCCAGCCUGCCGAGCGGGUACGGACUCUGUGGAAGAGGGACAUCGAAAACUCGGAUCCAGAACCAACCCACGUCCCCAAACCAGCAUCCCGGUCCCGACCCACUGAGCGAGCCGACAAUCGGAACAGCUGUGCCCGAGUCCGAGCGUACAGGAAGAAGGCCCACAAGGAGGACUUGAUAGCCGUGAAGUCUAAAACUCGUCUGAAACCUUCAAGGAAGAGAGUCCCGACACUCAGAACCGGAUCCAGUCCUCCAGCAGGUGAUCCAGGUGAGCCGGCUUCCUUGGAUCAGACCCAGAGUCCUCCAGCAGAACCGCUGCCAAAGCCGUCGAAGCGUCUGAUCAUCUUGGCGGAGUGUAAAUGGGUGAGUGACGCCGACCGGAACCAGGUGUUGAAGAAGCUGUGUGAGCGGAUGGCCCUGGACCGACUGGACCGACCUUUCUGGAUCAAAAAGUACCUCAUCAGUCCGAUCAGUCAGACGGUAGAGGAGAGCGGCGCCGACCGCUGCAUCCAGUACAAAAUCCACAUCUCCAGACCCAGACUGGAGCGGGAAGAACCAGCAGGACCUGUGAGACCGCCGCCACCACGACACGGGAGACGGAAGGCGAUGAAACAACAGCAGCAGGUACACCUGAAUCAGGUGGCCAGGGAGGCGGAGCCUCUGGAAGACUGGCAGCGACAGGUGGAGGAGGAAGGGGCGGGGCCUCUGGAAGACUGGCAGCGACAGGUGGAGGAGGAAGGGGCGGGGCCUCUUGAAAAUUGGCAGCGGGAGGUGGAGGAGGAAGGGGCGGGGCCUCUGGAAGACUGGCAGCGGGAGGUGGAGGAGGAGGACAUCGAGGAGGACAUGGACUCAACAGCUCACCACGUGCAUGAUGGGAGAGAGCGCAGAAAAGAGGAAGUGAGGUCAAAGAAGAAGAAGAUGGUUACCAUGGCGCUGCCUUUCCUCACAGGAAUCUCCCCUGCCGGCUUCCUGUCAGCCAACAGGAAGCAGCCAGGAGGGACAGAACACCUGGUCCAGGUAAACAGGAAGUUCUAUCCUCUGGCUAAGAUCCAGUUGGGGAAAAUGGGGGCGCUCCACCCGGCGAACCGGCUGGCAGCGUAUCUCACAGGCCGGGUGGGGUCCAACAGGAAUCAACAAGGUUCCACUUCCUGUGCCUCUGGACCUCGUCAGAACCAGAGUACAGGCUCGACCGUUCAGGCCGCCUCCCCAGUUAUCUCGGCGGUUUCUGGCCUUGCUGCUGACCCCCCACCCAGAUCUCAACCGGCAGUCGCGGUGCUCACCAUCCCAGCACCGCCUACAGUGCUUCAGCCAGCUCCAGUGAAAGUCGAACGAGCCGCCUCGUCUGACCAGCCUUCAGGUAAAGCACCUGAGGGGGCGGGGUCAAAGGUUGUCACGGUGAAAGUGUUCGUCCGUCCCACGGGAGGGGCUAGUCAGGUCAGGGUGGUACCUGGUGCUCCCGUUAACUCUGACCACAUGCCAGGUAACGUGAAUCCACCGCCUAAAGGCUCCCAGCUGUUGAUGGUUCAGGUCCCGGGUCUUCAGGGGAAGGCUCCGGCGCCCGCUGUGACGCCCACCACCCCCGGUCAGCGGAUGGUCCUGCAGCCGGUCCAAGCAGUGCCGGGCGUCCAGUACUACCGCAGACCGGAUGGUAAACUGGUCCAACUGGUUCCCAUCAGCCAGCUAAAACCGUUCAACCCCAACCAACUGGCUCCGAGAGGCCCCUCCCCCUCUGUCCACCCUGUAGCGUCUCCUGAGACUCCCGUCCUGAAUCAGACAUUUCCAGUGACCACGUCCCCGUCCCGCCCCUCUCUGUCUGGCCUCCAGUCCUUCACUGUGAACCCCGCCCCCUCCCAGCUUGGCCCCGCCCACAGUUUCCUGUCCAAUAAAGAGACGUGCACCUUUAAAAUCCUCCCCACCAACUCCAGCAGGGAACCAAUCCUUGUCACCUGUGCUAAAGUUCCCCCCACCCCUUGCACCAACGUAGCUCCGGGUUCCUUUACCCUCCUCCACCCGUUUGCCGCCGCCGCCGCCUCCCCGGUCAACCUCAUCUCCCUCAAACCCUCCGCAGGUCAGGGGGCGGAGCUCGGGGUCAAAACAGUAACGGCGUCUGCAGUUCCGGUGGGUCCAGGUGAGGUGUUAGUCCCACAGAAACCUGCUUCACCUCAAACUACUGCCACCAGACCUCCACCCCCUCCACCAGGGUCAAAGGUCACACCUGUACCCACGCCGUGCCCCCCCGUUGACAGGAUCAGCGCGGCGCCGGAGCCCGCCUGCGACCCGGGAGACCUGGAUGUCAUCUGUGUGGAAGACGAGACGUGGCGUGUUACCACGGAGACGGUGGCCGUGGCAGAGCAGUCGGCGGAUGCGGUGGAUAUUUCAUCGGGCAGCGAUGGAGAACAGGCGGAUAACACGUCGACCAUCGGAGACGAGACGGACGGCGACAAAGACAGAGAGACAACCUCAGAGAUGCAGCGUCACAUUCAUAACGUGCUGGAGAAGAAGCGGCGUGUGCGGCUGCAUCGCCUGUUUGAAGGUCUGAGGACGACCGUCGGUCUGAGUGACAUCACGUCCAAACACAGCAUGCUCAAAAAGGCCGUGCAGGUGAUCCAGGUGUUGACGAAGGUCGAGGCAGGCCUGGAGGAGCAGAAGAGGAGGCUGAUGGCGAGGAGAAGCAGGCUCUUGAAAGCCAUGGCGCGCUGUGAUGCGAGCGGACAGGUGAGCUCACCUGAGGCUGUGUCACAGAGACGUUUGGAGGAGAUGAUCCCAUCAGAUGAAGAGAAACUUGUCACCAUGGCGACACAUAACGAGGUCCCCAGUGUUGCCGUGGAAACAGUGGUGGAGAAGAGUCAGCUGAUUGUGGCUCAGAGGAAGCCGGCGAGCGUGGACUUCCUGUCUGAUCAUCACGAGCGGCAAAGCGGGUCGAGUGUGAAGAAGAUGGAUGACGCUCAGAGCAUCACAGCCGCCAUCGAAACGCUCUGCUCAGCACUCGACAGCAGAAACUGUCCGAAGAGACGUCAGCUGAAACAGGUCCAGCAGGAUAUCUGGACCGAGCAGAACAACGAGGAGAGACUGAAGAGUCUGAAGACGUGUUUGAGCCAGCAGAGAGACGCCUACGUCAGAGAGAUCUGCCAGAGAUCAGGUAAAAGUGAGCAGAGCGUCCUGAGCGAGCUGCGGCACCUGUCGUCCAAUCAGACGACGGCUGAUCAAUCAGCCAAUCAGCUGCCAGCAGAAGCAGCAGCAAGCAGAGCCGUCGAUGACAUCAUAAUCACGUCCUCCGACCUCAGACAAGCUCCACCCACCCUCACACCUGUCCAUCAAGCUCAGAGCAGCCUGCAGACGACACCGUCUGUUUCCCACAAUGCAUCAUGCAUGCUGGGGGACAGGCCGAGGACGGUCCCCAACAUCCUGUCCCACAGAAGGAAACAAGCUCCGCCCACGACACCUCCAGAAACUACGGCAGAAUCUCUGGCUCUGGUACCGGCCGAGGUUCUGUCCCUGGUUGGUGCAGCAUUGCCGGGGCAACCGGUCUUGUCCCUAAACCCACUGAUGGCGCUGCAGACGCUUCCUCCAUCAGACCUCCUGUUGCAGCGACAUCAUCACCUGGUCCCGGAGGCUCCGCCCCCCCAGGUGGACUCUGCCGGGUCAGAUCGGAUCAAAGACCAGAACCAGGUCAUGGUGGGCGGGGCUCCGGACAGCGAGUGUCUGACCUCACUGCUCAAUGAGAUAGUCUUCCUCAACCAGCAGGUCGUCACCACGGCGACGACAACAGGCGUACCGUCACCACGGAGACUGUCCUCGGAGGUGGGGCCACAGGACGAAGGCCACGCCCACAACCCGUGGCUCCUGCAGCUGGACUCUGACUCUGACGACACGGUUACUCUGGAGACAGUGGAGGCGGGGCUUAACAACGGACCGCAGCCCGCUAACGAAAACACUACAAGUGGCGUCCUGGCUCCGCCCCCUCUGCUGCAGAUGAAGGUGGGCGGGGCCAAGGUGACGGACUCUGCUACCAACCACGAAGCCACAGAGGAGGGAGUGGGCGGGACCGCGUGGAGGCCGAUGCCGAGGCUCGUUCCUCUAGGCCUCAGAGGAAACCCCGCCAGCUGACAUCACACAGCACUGAUGAUGAUGUCAGAAACAUGUGACGCAUGUGAAGGCCAAUCAGAGCCCUGCAGCUUUUUCCACGACGAUCACUCCGAACGUUUCAUUUAUGUUUACAGAUGUUUUUAUUUAGAGUUUAAACUGAAGCGGCAACGAGCGACCAUGGCAACGAGCGACCACGGCAACAAGCGGUCUUUCAUUUCCUGUUGGGUUUUUUUCCAGCUCAGAUUUUGUAAUAGUUUUUCAUCAUCAGAAAACGUUAAACAAACGUUAAACAAACGUUAAACAAACGUUAAACACUGAGCUGCUGUCAACAUGUUUAAGUUUAAGGAUUCAGGUGGACUCACCUGGACUUACCUGGACUCGGGUGGACUCUGCUCGUGCUCACUCCGGCAUUUGAAGCUGCGUUCGAUGGAAACGUUUGUACAGUUUGUAUUUUUGUAUGUUAAAAGGAACUCUGAUGAUGUCAUUGUGAUGUAACUCUCAAAUAAAGUUUGAAAAUUAA